AUCUACAUAAGCAGCAAACACAAACACAAAAUAUAAUCUAAGCCAGAUGGGUUCCAAGGCGGCAGCUAAUAAACCUCAUGUUGUUUGUGUUCCAGCUCCAGCUCAAAGUCAUAUAAAGGCAAACCUCAAAUUUGCAAAGCUCCUCCACCAUAGAGGUGUUCAUGUAACCUUUGUCAACACAGAGUUCAACCACAACCGCUUUCUUAAAUCUCUUGGACCCAACUCCCUUGACGGGUUGCCCGAUUUUCGAUUCGAAACUAUUCCUGAUGGCCUUCCAGCUGGUUCAGAUCAAGAUGCAACCCAAGAUGUCUCUUUGGUCUCUGAUUCCAUCAACAACAAACUCUUGGCCCCGUUUCGAGACCUCCUUAUGAAACUCAAUGACAGAUCAACUUCCAACAGUGAUAUCAAUCCUCCAGUGACUUGCAUUGUUUCAGAUGGUUUCAUGCCAUUCACAACCACAGCUGCAGAAGAAAUUGGAGUUCCUAUAGUGCUUUUGUUUACUAUUGCUGCAUGCAGCUUCAUGGGCUAUAAGCAAUACCCUGCUUUGGUGGAAAAAGGUCUUGCGCCCCUCAAAGAUGAGAGCUGUUUGACAAAUGGCUUCUUGGACAAGGUAAUAGAUUGGAUUCCAGGAAUGAAAGGUAUUCGUUUGAGGGAUCUACCGACGAAUUUUCGAACUACAGAUCCCAAUGACUUCCUGUUUAACUUGUCCUUGGAAUCAAUUGAAAGAGUUCGUAAAGCUUCAGCAGUUGUGCUUCAUACUUUUGACGCAUUGGAGCCAGAUGUUUUGAAUGCUUUGGCAUCUAUGCUUCCACUUGUUUAUGCCAUUGGCCCUGACCAAUUACUUCUCAAUCAAUUACCAGAAGACCCUUUGAAGCAUAUUGGAUACAGUUUAUGGAAAGAAGAAACUGAAUGCCUCGAAUGGCUAAAAUCCAAGGCACCAAAUUCAGUUGUGUAUGUGAAUUUUGGCAGCAUGGCAGUCCUGACACCACAACAACUUGUUGAGUUUGGAUGGGGACUUGCGAAUAGUAAGCUUCCUUUCUUUUGGGUAAUUAGGCCUGAUUUGGUUGUUGGUGAAUCAGCAAUUUUGCCACCUGAGUUUGUAGCUGAAACAAAGGAAAGAGGUCUAAUAGCAAGUUGGUGCCCACAAGAGCAAGUCCUUAACGACCCAUCAGUCGGAGGGUUUUUGACACACGGCGGUUGGAAUUCAACCAUUGAGAGUUUGUGUGCAGGAGUGCCUAUGCUUUGUUGGCCAUUUUUUGCAGACCAACAAACAAACUGUUACUAUGUUUGCAAUGAAUGGGGAAUUGGCUUGGAGAUCAACAAUGAUGUCAAGAGAGACCAAGUAGAGAAGCUUGUUAAAGAGUUAAUGGAAGGAGAGAAGGGUAAGAAAAUGAAAAAUAAGGUCAUGGAGUGGAAGAAAAUAGCAGAAGAAGCCACCAGUCCACAUGGUUCUUCAUCCACAAACUUAGACAAUUUAGUGAAUCAAGUGAUCUUAAGAAAAAACUAGAUUAUUUUCAUUAAAGUUUUAACCCUGCGUACCAUUAGGCCUCUCUUCUCUCUCUAGUCUGAAGAGAGAAAAAACCUUAGGAACCUACAGCAGCCGCCGCCCCCUUUGGGGGUCGGUGGCUGGUUCCCCCUCCUCCCUCGAUCCCUUCUCCUCUCCUAUCGUCCCCUCAUCCCCUCCCCUACCCCUUUCCCAGCUCUUCCCCUUUCCUCUCCUCUUUUCUUCUCCCCAUCUUUCUCCCCUCUCCUCCCUCUCUUAUACCCGUCCCCUCUGCAUCUCACCCGCCCUUCCUCCUUGUCCCUCCUUUCCUUUUGCUGCUUCCCUUCCUCGCAGUUCUAGGCUGGGAUUGUGUGACUGGCUCUUUUGGUUUUUCGGUUUUCUUUUUUGCAGAUCCGGAGUUGUCAAUUUUCAAGUUGCUUUGGGAC